GAAAGGCGGCGCAGAGACUACGGUCGCAACCAGAAUAUUCGGGGAAAAUAUCUGUCUGGAUAUCGCUUUCUGUCCGCUUUAGCCCGACGUUCUUUUCUCGUAAAUAAUAUGGGUGCGAAUUCUAGCAAAAAAGAUGACACUCCACAGCAGAACAGGCGACCUCUCUUCUUCGAUCCUCGAUCCCCAACGGAAGGAAUCACCCGAACGCCGAUUAUGGUUGACGUGACUCCGAUGCAAGCGCUUCAGACACCGACUUCGAAGAUCACUCAACUCGUUGAUCCGAGAUCGCCUGCCGAGUGUUUCAAGAGAACACCGGUGCUGACUCCGAUGAAAUUCGACUUCGCUGAGCUGGAACAGGCCCUACAGGAACAGCUAAAACAAAACCAGACCCCAGUCGCUUCGAAAGCAGUAGCCGAAGAAGCCCCGACGCCUCCCUCGACCCCUCUGAAAGCUAAGGCGCCGAAAGCAGUGACGCCUCUCGGUGUGCGCUCACCCAAUGUCAAUGUAACCGGAGAUUCGCGGGCUGGUGGCAAAGAGAUCGAAGUCAAGCAUACCCCAUCUGCGAAAAGCCGCCUGCGCCAUGUCGCUCAUCAGAACCAAGCGAAAAAGCGUGGGGUUGUCCAGGACGAGAAUAGCCCACGACCGAUCAGACUAUAGGGCGGCUGUACACCAAAGUUUUCUAAGCUCCUACAUCUUCAUUCCGCAUCAUUUUAUCCUUCUAUGUACGCUAUGACCGAGGCAGAUUGUGACCGACCGGGAACGGAGCACAUGACCACAAAUUUAGUCAGUGCCACGAUGCAUAGAAUUGGGAUGGAGUUGACCUGUGGCGACUUCGAAUUGUCGACAUCUACGGACCUCCUUGAUCUCGCGGUUGAUUUUCCGUGAGCCGGCUCGAUUGAUUGGCGGUGAGCCCCAUUUGACUUUGUUGUGUGACUGUAGCCUCAUAUCGACUUGUGAAGAUUCCGGAGGAAUCGACCAUGUGGUCAAGGCCCAGGUAGUGGACUAGCAUGCCCAUCGAUUGGGCUCGUCGACGAGCCCCGGUUGGUAUCGGAUAGAUACAUCCAUGUAAUUAUUCGGAAGCAGAGGAAUAAUAUCAAGUGAGAGGCAGUUCCGUGAA